CAAAAGGUUCAGUAGUCGCGGGACCACCACCCCGUCAAAAGCGGUUUCACUGAGCGUGCUUUACAGGCUUUACGGUGCUCUCAUUUUCUCCCACCCCUUCUCUUCGCUCUUGCUUCGCUUCUCUCUAGUUUCCUCGUCAGCUCUCGCGCUCGCGUUCGCGCUUUUCCUUCGCCGCUUUCUACCCUCGAUCAUUUUCCAAGUGUAGCGGCUGUAGUGAAGCGCGUCGAGGCGCCAAGAGCCUCCAUAUUCUCUCACGUUCCGGAGGGAUUUCCAGCUAAUAAGGGCAGGAUGAUUACGGCGUUGCCGGUGCCCACGGUGAAGGUCUUCCACAAAACGUACUACCAGGAGAAGAACUCGAGAGCGGGUAACAGCCAGCCUGGCAGCCCACUGGCGGAGAGCGAAGCGGUGCUGGCCAUGAUCGACAAAGAACCACCAGAGUACUACUUUUGCGGCAAGGUCAACUCGCUGUAUGUCGUCGUCGGCUCGCUGCUGCUGGGUGCGGUGGUGCUGGUGGUCGGCCUGGUGCAGCUCGCGCCGGGUGCCGAGGCCGCUCAAAAUUCCGCGGCCUUGAUCGCCACUGGCAGCGGCCUCCUGGUGAUCGGUGUGUUCCUCGCGCCUAUGAGGGCCGUCUGCAUCAGAAGACAGAGCGCCUCGCAGAAGGAUGGCACUCAUCAGCGCAGCGUCACCAGCAUAGACAUGCUUUUGGCACAGCACAGGGACUUUACGGUCCUGACGCCGGACGAGCUCGAGGACCUGGUGGGCCGACCGACGUCCAACUUGGAAAACAAGCAGCCUCACAAGCAGGGUCACAAUACCUAGGUAUCGUCUGCCUCGAAGAAGGUGCUGCCUUCGUCGCCGCCAUGCUCGAGUACGCCAUCACCAUUGCCCAACACAUCGCCAGGACCAAGUUCCUCCAUUCUGUACACGCAUCGCUACGAUUCGCGCGAGCAUAGUUUGGUUUAAUCGAUGUGCACUCGUCAUUUUCGCGAAUGGCAAUGGCAUUCGACGCACUUUGUAAAACGACGCACCGCAACCGGAGACGCGACGGAGACGAGAGCCGGGCGUGAUUGUUAGUCGGAAGAGAGGAAGAAAGAGAGAGAGAGAGAGAGAGAGAGAGAGAGAGAGA